UUUACGGCACGAUGGUCGCACAAGAAUGUGAUAGAGCCUCGACGGCCGCCAUUUUCUUUCUUUCUUAGCAGUUAGCCGAGAGGGGACCUCCGCGAGGGGACGGCAGCGGCUGCUGUAGCGUGGGCAUGGCCGACUACUCAACAGUGCCUCCGCCCUCGUCUGGCUCAGCUGGCGGCGGCGGCGGCGGCGUGAACGACGCUUUCAAAGAUGCCCUGCAGAGAGCCCGGCAGAUUGCAGCAAAAAUUGGGGGUGAUGCUGGUACAUCAUUGAAUUCAAAUGACUAUGGUUAUGGGGGACAAAAGAGACCCUUAGAAGAUGGAGAUGGCUCUUGGACAAAUCCGAGCAGUACAACACACUGGGAGGGAAUGCCCUCUCCUUUUAAAGAUCAACCAGAUGCUAAGAAAGUUGCUCCCCAAAAUGACUCUUUUGGAGCACAGUUACCUCCGAUGCAUCAGCAGCAAAGCAGGUCUGUAAUGACAGAAGAAUACAAAGUUCCAGAUGGAAUGGUUGGAUUUAUAAUUGGCAGAGGAGGUGAACAGAUCUCACGCAUACAGCAGGAAUCUGGAUGCAAAAUACAGAUAGCUCCUGAUAGUGGUGGCCUCCCAGAAAGGUCAUGUAUGCUGACCGGAACACCUGAAUCUGUCCAAUCAGCAAAAAGAUUACUGGACCAGAUUGUUGAAAAGGGAAGACCAGCCCCUGGCUUUCAUCAUGGUGAUGGACCUGGAAAUGCAGUUCAGGAAAUCAUGAUUCCAGCCAGCAAGGCAGGACUUGUUAUUGGAAAGGGGGGAGAGACUAUUAAACAACUUCAGGAACGGGCUGGUGUUAAAAUGGUUAUGAUUCAAGAUGGGCCUCAAAAUACUGGUGCUGAUAAACCUCUUAGGAUUACGGGUGACCCAUACAAAGUUCAGCAAGCCAAGGAAAUGGUAUUAGAGCUAAUUCGUGAUCAAGGUGGUUUCAGAGAAGUGCGGAAUGAGUAUGGCUCAAGAAUAGGAGGAAAUGAAGGGAUAGAUGUCCCAAUUCCAAGAUUUGCUGUUGGCAUUGUAAUAGGAAGAAAUGGAGAAAUGAUCAAAAAAAUACAAAAUGAUGCUGGUGUUCGAAUUCAGUUUAAGCCAGACGAUGGAACAACACCUGAUAGGAUAGCACAGAUAACCGGACCUCCAGACAGAUGUCAGCAUGCUGCAGAGAUCAUCACAGACCUUCUACGGAGUGUUCAGGCUGGUAAUCCUGGUGGACCUGGACCUGGUGGUCGAGGACGAGGUAGAGGUCAAGGCAACUGGAAUAUGGGACCACCUGGUGGACUACAGGAAUUUAAUUUCAUUGUGCCAACUGGGAAAACUGGAUUGAUAAUUGGAAAAGGAGGUGAAACCAUAAAAAGCAUAAGCCAGCAGUCUGGUGCAAGAAUAGAGCUUCAGAGAAAUCCUCCACCUAAUGCAGAUCCUAAUAUGAAGUUAUUUACAAUUCGUGGCACUCCACAGCAAAUAGACUAUGCUCGGCAACUCAUAGAAGAGAAGAUUGGGGGUCCAGUAAAUCCUUUAGGGCCACCUGUACCACAUGGACCCCAUGGGGUUCCAGGUCCUCAUGGGCCUCCUGGGCCUCCAGGGCCUGGAACUCCAAUGGGACCAUACAACCCUGCACCUUACAAUCCAGGACCGCCUGGCCCAGCUCCACAUGGUCCUCCAGCCCCAUAUGCUCCCCAGGGAUGGGGAAAUGCAUAUCCACAUUGGCAGCAGCCAGCUCCUCCUGACCCAGCUAAGGCAGGAACAGAUCCAAACUCAGCAGCUUGGGCUGCUUAUUAUGCUCACUAUUACCAACAGCAGGCACAGCCCCCGCCUGCAGCUCCCACGGGUGCACCAACUACAACCCAAACUAACGGACAAGGUAACUACGGAGAUCAGCAGAAUCCAGCUCCAGCUGGACAGGUUGAUUAUACAAAGGCUUGGGAAGAGUACUACAAGAAAAUGGGUCAAGCAGUUCCUGCUCCUACUGGGGCCCCACCAGGUGGUCAGCCAGAUUAUAGUGCAGCCUGGGCUGAAUACUAUAGACAACAAGCAGCAUACUAUGCCCAGACAAGUCCACAAGGAAUGCCGCAACAUCCUCCAGCACCUCAGUGCAGGUUUGAUCCAGCCAGUAUAGAACUAGCUCUGUAGGGGUGAGGAGGACUGUGCUGUGUAUCAUCCUUGAUUGUGUUCCUUCAAGGAGCAUUGCACUGUAAGUACAUCAGAAUGACAAAUUGAUGAACUGCAACAGUAUCUUUUUGUCGAUGUUCCACAUAAUGCAAUUGCUAUAUUUUGUGUGAAUAUUAUGUUGGAAUACAGUGCUGAUAUCAUGGGAAAACAUAACUGCCUUUUAACAGAAUAAUACAUAGUUCUGUAUUUUUUUUAAAGUGAGCUUAAUGGGUAAGUAUUUUUGAUACGCUUUAGCUAAUAGCUAAAGAAAAUUGAUCAUUAACAAAGUUGAAUAGUAUUAUCUAUCGGUGCUCCUAAAAUGCCGAUUUUCAGUGUGAAAUAUGCAUCUUUUAUAGUGAUAUGAAAAACUUGAAAUGUGUAAGACAGAAAUGUUUUUCAGAUUGCAAAUUAUAAGCAAUGUAGCACUUAACACCUUUUUAUAAAUAUGUCAGUUCUGUCAUGUGUGGAGAGCACCGUUUGUUUUGCAUAUACUUUAAAGGAAGAAGUAUGAAGACAAAAACGUUGAGAUAAUAGGACAGAAAACAGUACAGCUCAUUGUGGAUGUUUUGAAAUGUUUGAUUGUUUUAUGUAACUUAGAGUGACUUCCCUUGCCCUUAUUUAGAUAUGGAUACAUAGUCUAGUCUGAAGUUUAAUAGUUAAGGAGUUAUCUAUUAUCUUAAGUGUAGGGUAUUGACAUGAACAAUUUCAAUAUUUUGCAUGAUGUUGUUGCAUAGAUGACCUAGGAAAGUGGUACAUGUAGUAAUUAAACUGAAGGAAAUAGUUGGAUUCAGUAUCAUAAUUCACAAAUUGGAGGCUGUUGAUUUUGAUUCGUUUAAAGUUUAAAAUCUUUAUUAAUUGCAAACAGUGCAAUUAUUUAUACUUCACAGUGCCUUCCCAGACCUUCCACCUUAGGUUCUGCUGCAAAAAGCACCAGGUAAGCACAACCUAAGGACAUAUAUAUAAAUAUAUCAGUACCUUAAUGUUGUCCCUGUGAGGUUUUUGUGGUUGUGUACUCAAAAGCAAUCUGCUACUGCUUCCCCAAAUGUAUUUUGUUAUUUAUGCUACCAUUCUAGUGGAAAGUCUGUUAAGUUGUUCAAGCAACUGUUUAUAAUUUUGGGUAAUGGUUUUUAUUUUAAUUUUUUCAUUAAAAUAAAAUGAGUAGAUUGCUGCUAUAACUGAAAAACAUCCAAAUCUUUUUGUGCCCCCCUCCCCCAAGUUAUAGAAGUGUUGCAGUAAGAACAGUUAAAUAGUUAAGACUUAGAAAAUCAUUUGGUCAGAAAUUUCAACAGCCUUCACAGCCUGUUUGUGUAACUGACAGGACAUUUUCUUUGUCAUCCAAACCUAUGGGGUUUUUGUUUUAUUUUUCCCCUUUAUUAUUACUGCAUUAAAGUAUAGUAAUUCAGUAAGAAAAUUGUGGGUUAGUUUCCUAGACAGUUCUGUUUUCAUGUCUUGUAUUUGCUGAUAAGGAAGAAUAAGGAAUACUGGCAGUAAGUUGAAAAAAGGCAUGUGCAUCAGUGAAAUGUUAACUGUGUAACAAAUAACCUUUCAUAGUCUGCAUAACUAGUUUCUGAUUUACUAUAUUUUAAUAUAACUGACGCUGCAUUUACUUUUUGCCAGUUUAAAAUGUUUGUGUUCUUAGGAAUGAUGUUUAACUAGUACAUAUUUUGACUUAAGAUGACUGUCUUAAAGCAGCACUAUAUCAGUUUUGUUUUUAUUCAGUUUCUAAAAUGUGCUGAUCCUAUUAAAAACUCCUGCUUAUCUUUACAACAAAGAAAAAUAUUCAAAAAUACUGCCUUCAUUUUCACACACAGUGCUGAAGAUGCUGCAAGCACCAAAUCAUAGCUCAUAAAAUCAGGUCCUGAGAUAGUUACCCAUAAAGAGGAAUCCUUUGAGUGUAUGCCAUUGGUGAGCCGAUGAGCAUGGACCAUAGAAGGGCUCAAUGUAGAAGGUAAAAUUGGCAAAUCAUAAUUGAGAAGUAUGAAAUGUAUUCCCAUACAUAAUAUGGUAUAGGGUGUAAUGUACCUGCUCUUGAUCACUUUUCAUUUUAAAGUGCUAUUCACUUAAAUGUUCCAUGAACUGUUAAGUUUAAAUUUAUAGUUAUUGCACACACGCACACUGUGUGUGUGUAUGUGUGGUGUGUGUAUGUGUGGGGGUGUGUGUGUGAGUGAGUGAGAGAGAGAGAGGGAGAGGGAGAGGGAGAGGUUGGGUCAGUAUUUUGAAAGCAGAUUUCUUUAGAGACUGAAGUUUUGGUUAGUUGUAGUUUGGGUUUGGAAAUCUGGAUGAAUGAUUAUAGAUACUGGGGAUUGUUUCUAUCUUGUGAGAAAUUUUAAUUCAUUACCAUGAACCUUCACUGGUACUUUAACAUUUUAAAUAGCACCAAUCUUAACCUUGAAGUAACUGGAAAGCAGAACAGGUGAGCCAGUUGAUUGAAUCCAGCAGAUUUUAAGGGUGGUAGAAAAAUUGAAUGGUUUAGAUUGAAAUUAAACUCAUUUAAUACUUAAACAAGUUUACAGGUUUUUUUUAAUGACAUACAAUUUAGUGUAGUGGUAACUUAGAAUUCUUUGCUUUCUUUGAUGUUUGUUUCAGAAAUGUGUGUACUUGUUUUUUUAGUAAUGAGAAUCCUUUUAAUAUUAAACUAGUGAUAGUUGUAAAGUGUAUUCUUAAAUAUCUGGUAGUUAAUUCAUUAAAGUGGGUUUAGAUAGGAGUAGUGAGUGCUCUCAGAGGGAAGUUUUCAUUCACUUGAAUGCUUUGCCAAUACAACCAGUUCUUCCUGAAAAUAGUUAUAUGCCAUCUAGAAUAUUGAUGUAGAAUUAACUGAUCACUGGAGAUGUCUCAUUUUUAUUUCUUCAAAUUCUUAAAAUGCAUUCUCAUAAUACUUAGAGAUAAUUUGACCAAAAUUAACCCUUUUUUUUUUUUUUGAUUAGUCAGUCGGCUUUAGUUGAGGAAUUUUUAAUUGGUACUUUAAAGAAGCAAAUCCCAGGGUUUUAUUUUCUUCAGUGAUACCCUAAAGAAACUCUUUAAUGUAUUUGCAAAUAUAUAUAUUUUCUUAUGCAUGCUCGAUGCAUUUUCGUCCUGAGAAAAGUGUUCUCUACAGAAACUACCCGUGUGUUAAAAGAAGAUUGGCUUAAAAUGGCUACUGUGAUGGGAACAGUGUCUUAGGGAGAUGCAGCUUGGACUUGAGGUAAAUUGAAUACUUUACAAACUGGUUUAGAGUUUUGCUUUAAUGACAUUGUAUGUAAAAGGGCACGUGAUAUUGUAAUUUUGUAUUCUUUAUGGUUUCCUUAAUUUAAAAAAAUAAAUGUACAGUGAUGACUACUCUGA